UGAUUAGUUUAUCGGUGAUUAUUGUCUGCAAAGAAUGGCCACAAAAAUAGUGUUCAACACAAUUGUCGGUGUCGUUGAUAAUGCGGACUUUUGUCUGUGAAUUGGAUGUCUGGAUCAGAAGCCUCGCAAGAAAUGUGUCGGCCCGAGAGCCCGGUUCUAACAAGCAGUUGGCCUCCAAAGCCUGUGCCCUCUCUAUUGUGAGACAAUUAUUUCACUUCGCAAUUAUCGGCGAAUUUCAAGUGAAUCCGGUCAAGAAAAGCAAAUCUCAGGGCCAGGUCGACUCGUAUGCAAUCGAUAUACCACUCACUUUGCUUCCAGUGAUUAACAAAACGCUCCAAGAUCUCAAUAUAACAGCGGUUCCCAUAUGCGAAC